AUGCUUUUCAGAAAACUUUGGAAAAUAGUGGAAAGCGACCAAUUUAAGUCUAUUUGGUGGGAUGAUAAUGGAACUUCUGUAGUGAUUAAUGAAGAACUCUUUAGGAAAGAAGUUUUGGAAAGAAAGGCCCCUUUUAGAAUAUUUGAAACUGACAGUAUGAAAAGUUUAGUUCGACAGCUUAAUCUCUAUGGAUUUACCAAAAUGCAACAGAAUUUUCAAAGAUCUGCUUCUCUAGCUGAUUUUCUGGAAGAAGAAAAAGAAAGCUCUGUUUUAAGCAAGUUACAGUGCUAUCAUAAUCCAAACUUUAAGAGAGGCUGUCCUCAACUUUUAGUCAGAAUGAAAAGAAGAAUCAGGGUUAAAAAUGCUUCUGUAUCUGCUCCAUUAGUUCAAGAUUUCAACAAGAAGGACUUUAGAGCAGAGGGUAAUGUGGAAAAUAAUAUUACUGGUUUAGUUGCCAAAACUAGUGGAGAAAGUUUACUUUCAAACUCUACAAAUUUAAAUGUGCCUCUAACAAGGAAGCCUUCUACCAGCCAGAGAGUUGCUGAUACAACCGACUCUAUCAACUCAAUCGCAAGUAAUUUUUCUCCUCCAUCAACUAUCGUUAGAUCAUCAGAACGCACUGUAACCGAUCAACAUGCUAGUUUAAAUCAGUUGACCACUUUUCACAUGUCCUCUCAAAGCAGCUACACUGAAGCAAAUGGCCACAUUGUGAAUUACAUUACAAGUUCAACUUCUGCUUCUCCGUUCCACAUCAUAUCUCCCUUACAGAAUAGUUAUUUUCAACUGAUGGUGGAACCUUCCACUUUUCCAACCAGAUGUCCUGAUGUGUCAGCCAAUGAGGCUCCUUUUUCUAAUCUGCUACCAGCAUGCAACCCAUGGAUCCCAAGGCCUAUGACAGCUGAUACAUCUAAUGCCUUUCUUUCAAGUUUCCAGGUCAACAGAAAAUACCCGGAGCACCGGCAGUGUAGGUACGAGGUCCUCGUGAUCAAAGCACAACCAGACAACCCGAGGCUGUGA